UCCCGGCCCCGCCCCCGCGCCCAGGACGUGCCAGGGCAGCGCACGCUCCUAAAACACUUGCCAUCCCUGCGCUUUCAGCUCCUCUCGGUCAGCGGCCUGGGCAACGCGUUUCCCUCCUCUGUAAGGUGACAGUGUUGGCAGCUAUGGAAACGUAUGUCCAUGACAUCCAGAAUGGAGCCACUAGUCAUGUGUGCCACCAGACACUUGAAAUGUGCCCCAGACCCGGAUCCCUGUACCCAGCAACGCGUCUCCGAGGCAAACACACAGCACCGUCGUUCUGAAUCCCAGAGGCCGCAGGGAGCGGUUUUCAUUGAGAAUUUUGAUGCGUGUCUGCCGGCCUUCCCCAGUCUGCAGGUGGUGUGCCCUUGCAAGGGCGGCUGAUGAGGGCCCUGCGGACGCUUCUUGUCUUCCCGGGCCCAUCGGCCCAUUGCUCCGUGGCCGGUCUUUGGGGUCAGGGUAGACCCCGCAGAGACACAGAUACCGGUAGAACGGGGUUUCGCCUUUUUGUUUCGAGCAGUUUUGCGCUUGUAGAAGAGCUGCACGAGCAACACGGACGUCUCCGCGCCGUCCCUCCAGCGUCGUCCACGGUCGGCACCUUGCAUCUGCUCGCGCGACCUCGCGCGGUUACCACCGCCAGGGAACGACAUGCAGCACAUUGGCGUGUUGGUGUUUGGGAGGAUGGACCAGGCCUGUGAGAUGAGAUACAAGACGAUGGACAGCCCUUUGGGGAAGAUCGAGAUCUCCGGUUGUGAGCAAGGUCUGCAUGAGAUCAGGCUGUGCGGCAGCAAGACCCCGGAUGCAGGAUGGAGAUACAGAGAUGCUGUCCUUGCUCGUUGGGGUCUCUGGCCACAGGGAACUUUAUCAGAGCCUAGACCCGUGGAGGCCCCCACUCUUCCUGAGCUGCUCAGCCGUCCAGAGGAAAUGACGGAGCCCCUGGUUCAGUGCGCGGCCUGGCUGGACGCCUAUUUCCAUGAGCCCGAGGUCCUCCCAGGCCUCCCUUUGCCUGCGAUUCACCAUCCCGUGUUCCAGCGAGAUUCAUUCACCGCACAGGUGUUGUGGAAGCUGCUGGAGGCUGUGAAAUUUGGAGACACGGUUUCUUACCAGCAACUAGCAGUCCUGGCAGGCAACCCCAAAGCAGCACGGGCAGUGGGCGGAGCAAUGAGGAGCAAUCCUGUGCCCGUCCUCGUCCCGUGCCAUCGAGUGGUCUGCAGCAGCGGGGCCGUGGGCAACUACUCGGGGGGACUGGCCACAAAGGAGUGGCUGCUGGCCCACGAAGCCCGCCUGUCCGGGAAGCCAACCUACCCAGGGGUGUCCCAUCCAGCUGGAACCUGGCGUGGGGCGCAGGCUGGCACCCCCGGGCCCCAGCGUGCUGGCCGGAAUUGAGUACUUGCCGGACUCCAUCUUCGAGCGACGCGUGGGAAGUGGGGUGUGUGGUGGUGCCGCUGUAUUAAAGGAACUGGACGUGUCCUGAGGGAUGUGGAGUGUGUGUUCUCUCUUAUUUUUACAUUUCACAGCAGAGCGAGUUCGGAAGACUGGCCCUUGUUCGUACAGUGCGUAUCCUCACACUGCUGUUCCAUCUCUGAGGUCUGUUUGAGCAGCGGUGAGAAAGCGGGGGGCGUGGUGGACACCGGGGUGACUGUCCUGGAAGGCAGAAGCAUCUGGCACCCAUGGGGCCCAAUGCCAGCGCCCCGGCCCCUGAGAGGUCUGUCGCGGGCUGCAGCCGCAUUUGUGUCCCUGAGAAGCUGGCCUCCCCGGCCCGUGCCCCAGCUCCCCGUCCUCUAAGCUGUUGAGGCUGCCGGGCCGGCGUUUUCCACUCUAAAAAGCUUCCCUGAAAGCAAGGGGCAGCCUGGAAGUCAUGUUUACGGAGGUUUUCUAGCUUUGCUUUUCUUACCGCCAGAAAAGCUAGGGCAGGAUGCAUCCGUUUUGGGUUCUAUCAGCCGAAUAGAAAAGAACCGCCUGGCAGAGCGAGUUGGGAAAACAAAUAGCUCUUUGAGGUGGGUUUGUUCGCAAUGGCUCCUGUAUGGGGGUCUUGCCUCGGGCCCCGGCCCUUCUACUGACACUGUUGACCUUCGUGUGCCCUGAACAGAAGGUAACAAAGCUUGCUGACCUCUCCUCGCCAGCACCCCAAGACCGAGCCUGGAAGUCAGAGGUCACACAAGAAGGUG